AAUAUUUUUCAAGAACCUGAAAUUAUUGGGCUUGUAAAUCAACAAAGUAUAUAGAAAAUAAUAUCGUCAAAACUGGGGAUGAGAACACUAAAAAGGAUUGAAAAAAAUGCAGAAGCAAGAAAAAAGACGCGAAUUGCGUCUAAAAAGAUUUUGGCGUUCGCCAAAAACAACAUCAUCAGAGGACUCGACCGGAUACGAAAGUCCUACACGAAUUAUCCCUUUCAUCAAUGAUCCAUUGGGUGUUGGCUGUAGUGAUGAUAAUAAAUAUCAUACUACACAAUCUCAGCAGCAGUUAAACUCUAAACCAACAUGUUCUUUGCCUUUACUACAAGUUUGGCCAAGUCAGGAUUCUCCACGUGGAGAAGCGGAUGGUUCGAGCUUUAUUUUCCCAGCAAUAACUGAAGAUACACAAUGCAAUCAGCAACUUAAUUCAAUAACAAGUAGUAAUGAUGCUGGUACAAGUAGUAGUGAUACAAGUCACCAAACAGCAGCCACAAUAUCAGCAAAACAACCAAAUAGUAGUAAUAAUUUAAGUGGUAGUAAUAACAAUAGUAGUAAACGUCGACAUUCUCUAUACUGUGAUACAUUACAUGCUGGAGAUUCUGGUAUUGAAUCUGUACAGGCAUCCCCAUCCCCGAAUGCACUGCCUUGUCCGCCAGGUGCAACAAUAUCUGCAAGUGCUUCUCCAUCAACAACUCCAACAGCUGGUUCACCAAAUUUGUCAAAUGCUCGAAGGAAAUCAAGUGCACUUUUACAUCCGGAUCAUGCUCGUUUAUUUGCAUUACGAAUGCAAAUGCAACAACAACAUCAACAUGCUUUAACAUCACCAGACCAAACUUCUUUGGAAGAUAUGACGGAAUUUAAUAAUAAUGGUGGUUUACCUGGUUCUGGCAUAACUGGUAUUGGUUUAUGUACAGCAAGUUCUAGUACAACAUCAUCAUUGACAUCAGUUGCUGCAGUUAGUUUAGGUACAACACCAACACAACGUGUUUCGGAUCCAUGGUUACAACCGCAAUCAGAUCGUGAACAACGUUCGUCAAAUCAUCGUCAUAAUUUGGAACGUCGUAGAUCUUCAACUAUGACAGCACGUUAUUCAUUAUUUGAUGCCUUAGAUUUAGAAUAUGCUCUAUUGAGAGCAGCUGCUAGAGGCUCCGUUGGACCAUAUUCACUUAGUGAAUCUAUACAUAAAUUAACUUUUACACAAUCAUUAGCAUUUCCAGCAUUAGCACGCGGUUUAGCAACUAAAAGACGUCGUUCAAAUACUCAAAGUACUACAAGACCAUUAAAUCCAAAUGAAUCUGGUUUAAAUACAUUUGCAAAAGUUAUUACUGCUAUUGUUUUAGUUAUGGUUAGCUUUUUGGUAUUUUUAAUAGUUUAUAAAUUUGUUAAAACGUGAGGAUUGCUCCUGGCCCCAACCGAAAUGCCAACGGUUGCGGUUACAACAACCACCACAACAUAUCAUACACCGUUCGGUAAUAGUCGCUUGGGGUUCAGGAGAUUUAAUACACUAUUGCAAAGGAAUUUUACAAUUAAGUUUAAUGAUGACCGAACAUAGCUAAAAUUUAAUAUUUUUGUAAAUAACAAUAUCAUAAAAGAAAUAACAAAAAAUUUGCAUAAAAAAACAAUAAAUAACAUAAAUACGACUAAUUCGAAAUCCUAAAAAUCAAUACUAUAACAAUAUGAGGCACUAAUAGCAUUUAAGAUUUUAAUAGUAAAAUCUAUCAACAAUAUAUUUGUUUUUUUUUUUUACAAUUUUUUGUGAGAUGAUCCAAGACAAUCAUAAGGAGGUUAUAAUACGAACAAGGAUUUUAAAAGAUUGAACUAAAAUUUUUGGGAACUAUUCAAUAAAUAAACGAACUAUUACAUUAAAUACAUCUGUUUAAGAGCUCAUUAACUUAACAAAUAAUUCUUAUUCCAUUUUGUGAAUAUUUUUACUUCUCCGGUUUUCUAGCAUUCUGAACUACGUGAAUUAAAUUUUACCAUACAAUUUCAUUCGAUCACAAUUCUGAUUUCUAUCAAGUAGAUUUUCCUUUUAGCUGUGACCUGAAACCUUCUUCUCAAAGCCAAUAACUGCUGCAAAUUAAAGAUUCAAUUUGCAAAUUAAUUUUGACAUUAUAACAAUGAAAAUAUACUCGUUCCAUCGUAAAUUCCGGCUCAGAAUUUUCCAUCUUAUAAUAAUUUCUCAUUCUUGCUCAAUACUACUCAAGUAUUUUUUGAAUAUUCAUAUUUUUAUUGAGUUCGUUUCGUAUAUGAUCAUUCUUCUUAUGAUUCAAAAUAAAUUGGAUUAUUUUUAAUUUUUAAAUAUGAAAUUUUAUGAAU